CUUCUGGGCCGAUGAGCACUGAGCAAGCCGCGCUCCGGGCCCGCAUUUCUCCCGGGACUUCAGCUGCGGAGGAAGCAGGGGCUGGGCACGAAGCCUGCAGGGCUAGCUGGAGCUGGGUCACCUCUCUGCCAACCAGCGACAGGGACUGGCCAGCUUCUCGAGCGCCGCUGAGCGGCUCCUAAGGAGUCGGGCCCCGGGCCGCCACCGCCACCUCGGCCGCAGCCGCCAUCGCCUUGAUCCCUCACCCCCCGCCAUGGCCGAGGAGCUCUUCGCGGCCACGUCCUACACUGAAGAUGAUUUCUACUGCCCCGUCUGUCAGGAGGUGCUCAAAACGCCCGUGCGGACCGCGGCCUGUCAGCACGUUUUCUGUAGAAAAUGUUUCCUGACGGCAAUGAGAGAAAGUGGAAUUCAUUGUCCCCUCUGUCGUGGAACUGUGACUAGAAGAGAGAGAGCAUGCCCGGAACGAGCUUUAGACCUUGAAAAUAUCAUGAGGAAGUUUUCUGGUAGCUGCAGGUGCUGUGCAAAACAGAUUAAGUUCUAUCGCAUGAGACAUCAUUACAAAUCUUGUAAGAAGUAUCAGGAUGAAUAUGGUGUUUCUUCUAUCAUUCCAAAAUUUCAGAUCUCUCAAGAUUCAGUAGGGAACAGUAAUAGGAGUGAAACAUCCACAUCUGAUAACACAGAAACUUACCAAGAGAAUACAAGUUCUUCUGGGCACCCCACCUUUAAGUGUCCAUUGUGUCAAGAAUCAAAUUUUACCAGACAGCGUUUACUGGAUCACUGUAACAGUAAUCACAUAUUUCAGAUAGUUCCUGUGACAUGUCCUAUUUGUGUGUCUCUUCCUUGGGGAGAUCCUAGCCAGAUUACUAGAAAUUUUGUUAGUCAUCUAAAUCAAAGACAUCAGUUUGAUUAUGGAGAAUUUGUGAAUCUUCAGCUAGAUGAGGAAACCCAGUAUCAAACUGCUGUUGAAGAAUCUUUUCAAGUAAACAUCUAAAGGCUGUAAACAUCUCUGCAUCUUUGUACCUGCAAGUGCCAUCUUUAAGGGGAAAACACAAGUCACCAUUUCAAUAACUUGAUAUGUAUAUUAAUAAAAGUAAUUCAGUCUAUUGUUUUAGUUUGUUAAUUGGAAAGUAAAGGUGGGCCAUCUAACCACUUCAUCUUACUAAAUUGAAAAUGAAAGUUAGGACAUUUCUAGAAGUCUAAAAAGAUUAUAUUCCACAAAUGUAAUCGUGAAGAGGGAAUUUGUGUUGUACCUUUUUUAUGUUUCAUAUUGAAUUUUUCAAUAUUAUGUUGCUUUUCAAAUUUGAUGCCGUUUCUUUCAUUUGCUUCAUUGUACACAGGUAAUAACACACAGCAGCACGUUCUAAAGAUGUGAUUGAUAAUAACCUAAUAGAUUGUUUACAGUUGUCAGAGUUGCAGAGUGGAAACUUGAAGCGCUAAAUGGAACAAUCCAAAGCAAACUUUUUUAUACAGAUUCUAGCUGAAGAAUUCAUCUUUAAGAAAAUUGUAUUUAUAUAACUUCUGGUAUUUUUGAAGGCUAGUGAGAUUUCUUUAAUAAUUUUAACUCUUAAAAAGUGAAAGCUCAGUGUAAAGAUACUUCCUUUUUGGUAUUAGAAGAAAAUAUCAAAAGAAGAAUUUCUUUGGUGAGCAGUUGGUAGUUUCAGUCUUGUUUGUUUGGCUGAUUUAUUUGUAAAUCCAAAUUACAGUUAGCUGGAUGGCUAACAGCUCUUUGGUGACAGAAUUUUUCAAUAGCCAGAUUUUCUGAUUUGCUAAGGCAAAACAUUUCUUAGAAAGUUUCAGUUGGUGAUAAUAUAUUCUGAAUGUAUAUUUAAAUAAGAGCUUCAUUUCAGUUUUAGAAAUUCAAAGAUAAGGUCUGCACAUUCUGUGUGCAUUCAGUUGGACAGAUUACUUAAAAUUUCUAAGGAUUUUACAAAUGGACAUCACAGGAUUAAAGUGUUUAUCUGGUUUCAUUAAAUUUUGUAGUCACUAAAUAAAACAACAGUCAAACCCCAAGUUGGCUGAUAUUACAAUUUAAAAGUUGAGUUUAUGUGUACAAGCGCACACAUUUCAUGGUGCUCAUUCGUUCUCAAAGAUAAUGUGUGACUAUGAAUUAGUAAAGCAGAUUCCACCAGCUAACUCUGUUUAACUACUUUUUAGUCAAAACUGGGUUCUUAGUAUUCCAUUUGUGAGACUCAUAAAGUUCCUUGUACUAGAAAGCCCAAAUCAUAGAACAAAGGAUGAAGAGUGGAUUAGCUGACAUUCCAUACUAACCAUACAUCAUUUAUGUUUUCUUCAACAGAAAUAAUUAAAAGAACAUAAAAGGAAAUCUCAUAAGUAGUUUGCUGCUAAUAUAUACAUAUAUUGUAUAAAAAAGGUGUAUAUUGUUUUUGUUAAAACCCUUGUUGACUUUUCUAAAGUAAGCCUUUUUUAAACUUGAUUUAAUAAAAAUGUUAAUUUUGGAAGUAAUGUUUUGUAAAAAGUCUUUUUCAAUCUAACACUAAUGACUUUAUUUAUGGGUGUUAAUAAUCACACAAGAAAGCCAUACAUCUAAUUGAAUAUGCCUUUAUUUUAUCAUUCUUAAGUGGUAUUUACUAUGUGCUUGAGCUUUUUUUUCUGCACUAAUCUGAAUGUAGUUUUAAGAAUAGCUAUUUAAUGAAUUAUUUUGAGAUAUUUUUUACCAUAAUUUGUUUUUGUUGUAAAACAAUACCAUUAGUAGUUUUAGUUCCAAAGUGUAGUACUUUCAGUAUGUCAAACCAAACCAUUCUUGCAUUUGAGAACUUGCUGAAAAGACAACUUACCUAUGGUAAAAAUCACAUUAAUGGAGUUAUGUUUUGAAAUAUUGUGAAUAAGUUUAAUAUCACUAUUAAGUCAUGUCUCAUGUAGGUCUUUUACAUUAGGAUAAUUUUGACUUAUCUGGUAAUUUCUGAAUAUGAAAUGAUUGUUUACAGUCUUUCCUUUUAUUUUAGUGAAUAGGGAAUGGAGGCUUUAAAGAUUUACAAUUUAGUGAAAAUAAUCUUAUUUUUAAUAUUUACAGCUGAGUCAUCAUAAAGAAAAGCCACUAACGUUCAAAUAACUAAAUUUUACUAUACCACUUAAGCCAUUUCUCAACAAAUUUACAGUUUCUGCUGUUAAACACAGAGUCUUGAGAUGUAUUGCUUUAUUUUUCAAUUAAAAGUGGUUUUCUCCUA